AUGGGUACUUGCUCAAGAAAAGGUUAAAAAGAUAAUUCUUAAAAGCAAACAGGUUAUGAAUCAGAAUAAGUGAUAAUUUUAACAUGCAUUAAGAGUCACAUUUAAUAUUUUGAUUAAAUAGAUUUAGAGCUUCUAAAAUAUCCCGAUAUUUCACUGCUAUUGAGAAAACAUAUUAAAAACUAUAAAUUCAUUGAAGAUGGAAAGACAUGGCUUUUUGUUAAGGAAAUUUAAAGUUUUUUGAAUCAUAAAAUGUCUAUAUUGAUUAGAAACUUCAAUCCUGAAACGGAUGCUGCACUAUAAUUAAUAUAGAUUUAUAAAAAGUUGGUGUCUUUAACAUAAAAAUUAUUAGGAUGCUCUGCAAGUUUUAGUGAAGCUAAGGUUGAAUUAUUUUAAACUUUUCAAAAUUAGUUAGUUUAAGUAAAGAACAUGAUAAUAAUAGACUUCGAUAGAAUGCUUAAUAGUUGUAAAUACAUUAAUCUCAAAGAAAUUGUAAUGGUGGAAUGAAGAAUAUUUUAAAUGGAGAUAGAAUCAUUUAAUUUCAACCUUCCUUAUAAAGAAAAUAGAUAAAAGUAAUAAGGAAAUAAUAGGAUCGAUAUAUGACUUUAUAUAAUUAUUGAUAGAAUGCAUUAAACAUUUGGGAGAUUUUAAUGGAUCUUAAGGUGUAUAGGAGACAGAUUUUAAAGUAGAAUAGGAAUUUUUAGAUGAAUUUUAUAAUUAAAUGAGAGCAGGGAUAAUUCUGAAUUCAUUUUUUUCUGAAAGCAUAUAAAAUGAAAUAAUUCCUGAUUAAAUUUAGGUGAAACAGAAUGUUAGUAAAUAUGCCCUUUUAAUAAAAAGAAAAUGA